AGAGCCUUGGCUUCACACAGCUAGAGACUUAAACAUCUUCCAUCUAUAUCUUCGUCGGCUACAGUAUUCGGAAUUAGUCUGAUAAGUUAGAUGACAUCAUCCGUUUGACAUCAUCCGUUGUUUGACCUCACCCUCUGUUGGCUUUAGAUGACUUUGGAGUUCCCACACGGAGCGUAGGAUGGACCCGCCAGAAAACACUUCAAAUACCACCUCCCCUACAGGCGUGUUGGAUGAUGAUGUUCGCAAUGUACGGCAACAGAAACUCGACCAACAGCGCAACCUCCUUGAGAAGAAACAGAGAAAGAAGAGGCAAGAGCCACUGAUGGUCCAAGCCAACUUUGAUACCAAACCCAAGCCACGACGUUCCCAGAAACCCGAGGACCAGGUGGCACUGGUAGAUUCCUCAAGUGCUUCCAGCAUUUACUUAGGUGCCUCCAAUCCUAGCAUGUCACUAGUACCUCCCGGCACCCCCCACCACGUGCCCAGAGGCCCAAAAAUCACCGCUGGGGCUCAAGAAAACAAGGAGAAAGACCUGUAUGGAGACUAUUCAGACGAAGACAUUGAAGUGACAACCCUUGAAGACACGCAACCCCUCGCCAAGAACAAGGAACUGGUCUCUACCAGAGAGAAGCAGAAACCCAACACAACAACCGGGAACUCUGAUUUGAAAGAAAGUAAAUCCAAGACCAAGUUAAAAGCAACACAAAAAGUGCCAAAGAAAUCCAGAUCAUUCCCUGCCAAAGAUGCUGAGAAAGAAAACAAACCCGAUAAGAAAGGUGUCGAUGACACAGCCGUGUUUCUGGAUGAAGUACAAGAAAUAAACGAGAAACUUAAAAAUCUACCUUCGAGUGAGGAAGAAGAGAAUUAUUUUUCUGUUGGCGACCAAGUUGUUCCUCCAGCACCUGUGAAGCAACGCAAAAAGAAGAAGCCCCCAAAAUCAGAACAACGUAGAGCGAGAUCAACAUCGACAGGCCUUUACAACGAGGACAGCGAUGAGAAAGAUCCUGAGGACGAUUUUGAUGAAGAUUCAGAUAUUCUGAGCAGUGUUAUAUAUUCUGGACCCAUGUCUGACUCCAGCAGGGAAGAAGAUUUUCAGGUUACAGAACCCUCGGAUAUUUGUGACCUUGAAGACUUUGCAUUGCGCCCAGCUCCUAACAACAUGACGUUAAAGUGCCGUAUCACUCGAGACAAGAAAGGAGUGGACAAAGGCAUCUACCCUGCAUAUUACUUACACCUGGAGAGAGACGAUGGCAAGAGGCUUUUCCUUAUGGCUGCAAGAAAGAGAAAGAAAAGUAAGACAUCCAAUUAUCUCAUCUCGGUGGAUCCCACAAACCUUUCCCGAGGUGGGGAAAGUGUGAUCGGAAAAGUCAGGUCGAACUUGCUGGGCACAAAGUUUACCGUUUUCGACAAUGGAAUGAACCCAGAGAUGAAGCCUUUUGUGCAGGAGAAAGAAUCUCUCAGGCAGGAGUUGGUCUCCAUAUCCUAUGCCCCCAAUGUUUUGGGUAUCAGAGGCCCAAGAAAAAUGACAGUUGUUAUUCCUGGGAUGAACAUGGACAAUGAGAGGGUGUCUAUUCGACCCCGGAACGAACAUGAGACUCUCCUAGCCCGAUAUCAGAAUGAGAACUUGGAGAACAUCACCGUGCUCCAAAACAAAGCCCCAUCCUGGAAUGAGGAGACCAAAUCGUUUGUGCUAAAUUUUAAUGGCCGUGUCACACAAGCUUCUGUGAAGAACUUCCAGAUCAUAUCUCCUAAUAACCCCGAUGAUAUUGUGAUGCAGUUUGGACGUGUCUCAGAAGAUGUUUUCACAAUGGAUUACAAAUACCCGAUGUGUGCCAUGCAGGCAUUUUCUGUCUGCCUGUCCAGCUUCGACAGCAAACUGGCCUGUGAAUAAAUACACGAUAACAGACUGGAUCCACUGGUUAAAUGCGGAAGAUCGGAGACAGCGUCCAUGCUAAACAAUGCCACUGAUCAUAUAUUAUCAUCAGACGCCUAAUUCUGCCUCGUU